AUGUCAGCUGUCAAUGACACAAAAUUAAAAUCUGUAAUAUUCCUUCUCUCCGGGCUACCGAGUCAUGGAGACGCACAUCUCUGGAUUUCUAUCCCCUUCUGCUUCAUGUAUGUUAUUUCUAUAUUAAGAAAUUCAGUCAUUCUGUUCAUUGUAAAAACAGAUCGAAGCCUGCAUGAGCCCAUGUACAUUUUCCUUUCCAUGUUGGCCGUCACAGACCUUGGCAGAUCGAUAACCACCAUACCGACGAUACUGGGAACAUACUUGUUUAACUCAAGGGAGAUCAGCCUCGAUGCCUGUUUAGCCCAGCUGUUCUUCAUCCACUUGCUUCAAUGCAUUGAAUCCUCUGUGCUGUUGUUAAUGGCCUUUGACCGCUUCAUUCAUUCAUUCAUCCAUAACCCGCUGAGAUAUGCUUCCAUCUUAAACCUACCGAGAAUAACAAAGAUGGGAGUGGUGGCUGUGCUAAGAGCGAUGGUCAUAAAACUUCCACUUCCCUUUCUCCUGAAACAGUUCCAAUACUGUCGAGCCAAUGUCCUUUCCCAUUCCUACUGCCUGCACCGGGAGGUCAUGAAGAUGGCUUGUUCGGAUAUCACAUUCAACAGCAUCUAUGGAUUGUUUACUAAACUCUUAACAGUGGGGUUGGACGCACUGCUCAUCUUCCUCUCUUAUGUGAUGAUCCUCAAAACAGUGCUGAACAUUGCGUCCUACAAGGAGUCCCUGAGGGCCCUGAACACCUGCGUCUCCCACCUCUGUGCUCUCCUACUCUUUUUCAUACCAGAGAUCAGCUUGUCUCUGAUACACAGAUUUGGGGAGGGCUCUUAUCCCUUACUUCAGAUUCUCCUGGGCUACAGCUCCCUGCUUCUCCCACCGAUGAUGAAUCCAAUCGUGUACAGCGUGAAAAGCAAACACCUUCGUGUAAGGAUAAUCAGGGUGUUCGGCAAGUGA